GCAACAGUUGACAUCUCGUUGGCUCCCUAUUUGGAGGUUAAGGUAAUUUGUAGUACCCAAAGUGCCUCCGUAAUGAGCGAGAUUGAUGCAGAAGUUGUUAAAGUUGGAGACUAUGUUGUCGUACAAAGACAGAAUUACUACAAGCUGCAUAAGGUGACGGCAAAUGGAAACUUACUGCUGGGUAAAGACCAGCUGGAAAUGAGUAGUAUAAUUGGGAAACCAAUGUGGACAACGUAUAAAAUGGAAGCAAAGGUGACAGGCAAGCGAUUAUACAUUUUACAGGAGACUAAAGAAGUUGAAUCAUUGUCGGAAGACUUGAAGAGUAUGUUACCAAGCGGACUAGACAACAGAAGCAUCAUUGAUGACGGGACGUCACAGCAGCUAUCAACCGAAGAUAUUGUGGGAUUAAGGGAAGCGGGGAAGUCGAGUAAAGAAAUAGUUGGCAAACUGAUAGAGAACAGCAAAACGUUUCAGAAUAAAACUGAAUAUUCGCAAGCCAAGUAUUUGAAAAAAAAAGAAAAGAAAUAUUUUGAGUACAUCACAAUUAGAAAACCUACAAUACGGUUAAUUCAAGAUAUUUAUUUUCGAAUGGAUCAUCAGAAAAUCAGCAGUCUGAGGAUGGAUACACUAGCUCAGCUCCUUUCUUAUUCUGGCGUUAAUGCUGACGGGCUCUUCAUGGUUUACGACAGCGGUUCUCAAGGGUUGCCUGCUUCAGCUAUGCUUCAUCGAAUUGGCGCCGGGACAAAUGGUAAACUAAUUCACAUGCAUCCAGGAAAUAUUCCCCAAAGAACAUUAAUUCAGGCAAUGAAUUUUCCCGAGGAACAGCUGCAUAGAAUGCUUACUGUUAACAUUUAUAGUCUAAUACGUAUGUAUUAUCAGGGGACUGAACAAUUUCUAGAAGAAUCAAAGUACAAAGUGAAGUCUGAUGCCCCGAACGUAGAAUGCAUUGUAUUGGAAUGCAAUGACACUCACUUGACAGAAGAUGUGGCAAAUCGUAAUGUGUCCGAGGCUGAAGCUGAAGUAAGAGCAGAGGGGACUACAGAAGGUAAUGCAAGCAACGGAGCUUUGAACUCAUUGGAAAGUAAAGGGUUGAAACGGAAACUUAGCGAUGCACCGAGUCAUGAACCUCCUAAAAAACCAAAAUGGCUUCUAGAAACACAAGAGGCUGUUGAGAUUAUUAAAGUAACUAAGGCUGACGGUCUAGCUAUCAUAGCUAAAGAACAUCCACUCAAUAUAAUCAAAGGUCUUCUGCCAUUCUUAGGAAUCUCUAGACCAUUUGUGAUUUAUCAUUCAUCUCGAGAACCAUUACAGGAAACUUACGUCGCUUUGAAGCAAAGAUCAGAUGUUAUCAAUUUAAGAUUAUUCGCCAACUUCUUACGAUCUUAUCAAGUAUUGCCGGAUAGGACACAUCCUGACAUUUUAAUGAGUGACAUAGGUGGAUAUUUAUUGUACGGAUAUCUGGUCGACUGAGUUUAAUACAGAAACUUUCAUAAUCCAGAGUGAUUAAAGCACCACACAGUUGUACCACUUCUAGUGAAAAUUUCAGCUAAUUUUGAACCAUAUAGGAUAUGGCUAACGAAGUUGUAGAGAAAGACUUUUUUACGAAAUAAUAAUCAGUAAAUAAAUUGAGUGAUUUGAUACAAGAUCCAAGCAUGAUAAUAAGUUGUUUUCGAAUAUUUUACAGUACCAAUAAUUUGUGCAAAAUUUAUUGUAAAUAGUUUUCCGAAAAAAUUUCAGCAUUUUGUGCUAGCUUCAUUGUAAU